AUGCAGUUCACUACUCUUCUUGCCCCUCUUUCCCUCCUCACCCUCGCUGCUGGCUCUCCCACUGGCGGCGGUCCCGAUGCUCUUGCCAUCAUCUACCAGAACCCCGACUACUUCGGCUACUCCAAGACCAUCUUCGACUGCGAGUGCAUUAACCUCUCUCCUCCUCUGAAGAACGCUAUCCGCUCGAUCCAGCUCUUCAACGGCGCCCACUGCGCUUUCUUCUACGGCAAGGACUGCGGUGAGGUCCGUGGUGACUACGAUAUCAACCAGCCCGACCUUGUCAACUGGGCCACCACUGACUCCAUCCGCUGCGCCCAGGAGUAA